GUUGAUAUAGCAGUGUAACCAUUUAUUAUAGCCAUUUUGUUGCAUAUAAAAGGCUCAGGAUUUUUGCAGAAAAUCCAAAAAUAAACAAAAAAAAAGCUUCAUCUUCUUUCCUUUCUCUUCUCUUUCAAUUCGUCAUUCAUUUAAAUGCUCAUUACUAAAUCACUCGUCAUUAUUGCAGGUGCAGCUCAAGUCUAUGCUGCUACAAAGACCAGCGGAGAUUAUGCUCCUCAAUUCUCUCCUGUGUUUCCCAAGAUGCCAAAGGCUACAGGUGUUGUUACUUCGUAUGAUCCUAAUGCCUUUCCCAAGACAACCAGCUUAUCCAAAAAGCAAUUGGAAGGAUAUCCUGAACCUUGGUCUGCUCCUCCUACAGAUACUGCUGAAGUCAAAGCUAUCUACAACAAGAUUGACUGGUCCAAAGUUCCCAAGGCCCCUGUCAGAAAACAAACAAAAGAUGGUAACUGGGUCUCUGACACAGAUGGUCCCAAAGAUCCCUACUGUUGGUGGAGUGACACCAACUGUGUCAAGCCCAAGGCUUCUUACUUGCCUCCCGAUAUCUAUACUUGUGAAAAUGAUGGUGAAUGGGGUCUUACUUAUGAUGACGGUCCUUUCAACUUGUACGAUGAUGGCAAUGCCAAAACAGAAAACAAGUAUGCUGAACCAGCUCUCUAUAACUUUUUGGCCAAAACUAACCAAAAAGCUACCUUGUUUUACAUUGGUUCCAAUGUUGUAACUUAUCCUGCUGCUGCUAAGCGCGGUUUGAACGAUGGCCAUCAUAUCUGUGUCCAUACAUGGUCUCAUCCUCCUAUGACGACUCAAACCAACAAGCAAGUAGUUGCUGAAUUAUACUGGUCUUUAAAGGCCAUUAAGGAAGCCACUGGUAUUACCACCAAGUGCUGGAGACCUCCUCAAGGUGACGUAGAUGACCGUGUUCGUGCCAUUGCCUGGCAAAUGGGUCUUAGAACUGUCAUCUGGGAUGAAGAUAGCAACGAUUGGCAAAUGAAGGCUCCUGGUGGUGGUGACCUCCCUACCAGUACCGUAGAUGGCUACUUUGAAAAAUGGAUCAACAACUACAAGUCUGGUAAAGACAAGAAGGGUCAUAUUGUCCUUGAACACGAAUUGAACCAUGCUACCGUCAAUAUGUCCAUGUUCUGGAUGCCUAAGCUUCAAGAAACCUUUACUGUUCUUCCUGGUUUAGCUUGUAAUGGAAUCAGUCAACCAUACUGGGAAGAAAACUUUGUAUACCCCACUGGCCCUACUAGCAAGCCUAACAAACCUAGUCCUUCCAACCCUUCUAACUGUGAUUCUGGUUCUUAUGGUUUGGGCAAUGGUGAUGGUUACAACGGUGCUUGUUGUAAGGAUCAAUCUGACUGCCAAGAUGAUUGCAUCAGUGGUAAAUGUGAUGGUCCAAAGAACCCCAAUUCUUCUUCCUCUUCUUCUAACUAUGAUUGUAUCAGUGGUAAAUGUGAUGGACCUUCCAAGCCUGAUUCUUCUUCUUCCUGUAAGUCUGGUUACAGGGGAAAGAAGAAGGGUAACGGUCCUAAGAACGCCUGCUGUUCCACUCAAUGGGACUGUAACGAUGACUGUGUUCAAGGAAGAUGUACAUAAAUUGAAACUUUAAUAUUUCUUUUUAUUUACACAAUAAAGUUUAUACUACCAACAAACUCAUGUUAUAAAAGAAAAGACAAAAGUAUACAUCAUAUGCAUUCGUUGG